CGUGUGUCAGAGAGGGGGAGCGUCUAUGCCAUUGAGGGCUCACUUCCCUGUAUCAAAGGAUCAGGAUCCAAUGACGGUUACCCUUCAAGAGUAGCAUUCCAGCCUGACAGCGCCACAGAGGGAAAAGGCAGAGGGAUCAUUCACAACUGCGGAAAUCAAGAUUUUCCUAAUAUUUUGGCAAGCCAUGGUUUAGAAAAUACUAGACAUCAGACUGUCAAUCACACAGAAGGUGGUAUGCAUCCAGAAUAUAUUGCUUAUGGAUUGGUUCCUGUCUUUUUCAUUAUGGGCCUUUUGGGAAUCCUCAUCUGUCAUGUGCUUAAGAAAAAAGGGUAUCGGUGUACAACAGAGGCUGAGCAAAAAAUUGAAGAGGAAAAACUUGGAGAAAAGAUAGAAAUGAAUGAAAGCAUAAAUGACAAUAACGAUACUGUGGGGCGAAUCGUCAACAUCAUUAUGAAAAAUGAAGCAAAUGCUGAUAUGUUAAAGGCCAUGGUAGCUGAUAACAGUGUGUGUGAUCCUGCAAGCCCUGGGUCUCCUACAACUCCAGGCAGUCCUGAAAGUCCAGGUUCACCUUUGUCACCAAGUGAAACCCCAUCAAAACAUAACUGCCGUGGCCAUCACUUGCAUACUAUUGGGGGAGUAGCAGAGAAGGAUGUUUGUAAUCGCUGUAGGCACAAAAGAUGGCAUCUUUUAAAGCCAAACAACAAAUCUAAAGAGUCAAGAAAAAACCGACAAGGAGAAGUUACAGUACUUUCUGUGGGAAGAUUUAGAGUCACAAAAGUGGAGCACAAAUCUACAUCCAAAGAGCGGAAAAGCUUGAUGUCUGUUGGUGGUGUUGAAGGUGUCAAUGGAGACGUGCCUGCUACACCUGUCAAAAAUGGAUCAAGAGAAGUUCCUUCCACACCUGUCAGACAAGGAGCAGGAGGGAGAACUGGCACAGAAUAACAGGUGACCUUGUUUAACUAUAGUAAGGCAACAAGGAGCAAGAGAAAACACAAUGAGAAGGGGAGAAGAAGAAAAGACACAGAAUAA